AUGCGCUCGUCAAGCAUCGCCGCCGGCGUCCUCGCGGCCCUCGGCCUUCCGUUCGUCUCGGCCUGGGUCUCGCCUCAUGCGCACCGAGCCCGUCUCGCCAAUCGCCAGGUCGCGGCAAGCCAUGACGUGAAGGCACCGCGCGGAGCGUUGCGUCGUAGUGAACUGCAGUACUACACCAACAAGACCAGCUCUUUCUACGUGGAUGGAACCAAGAUUCCCGAGGUGGACUUCAACGUUGGGGAGAGUUAUGCUGGUCUCAUCCCCGUCGACGCCUCGAAGCCCGAGGGCGAACAGCAGAAGAACUUCUUCUGGUUCUUCCCGACCGAGAACCCCGCUGGCAAAGACGAUGUCAUCAUUUGGUUCAACGGCGGCCCCGGUUGCUCGUCUUUAGAGGGCUUCCUGCAGGAGAACGGCCCUUUCCUCUGGCAAUACGGAACCUACAAGCCUAUCCCGAACGCUUGGUCCUGGCAUAAGCUGGCCAACGUGAUCUGGGUCGAGUACCCCAUCGGCGCCGGCUUCAGCAGCGGCAACGUGACCGCCACCAACAACGCCGAAACGGCAGACCAGUUCGUCUCCUUCUGGAAGAACCUCGUGUCCACCUUUGGCCUCCAGGGCAAGAAGCUAUACAUCGCCGGAGAGAGCUACGCCGGAAUCUACGUCCCCUACGUUGGCGCCGCCAUGCUGGACAAGAACGACACCUCGUACUACAACGUCAAGGGUGCCCUCUACUACGACCCCGUCAUGCCCUACUCGGACGACCUCGGCCUCGACCACGCCGCCCUCCCCGCGUUCCACCGCUACUGGGAGAACGUCCUCGGCUUCUCCAACAGCAUGAAGGAGCAGAUCGAACAGGACAACAAGAAGCUCGGCCUGGACGCGUACCUGGACAAGUACCUGUCCUACCCGCCCCCGGCGGCGCCGUGGCCGAACGUCCAGUGGGACCCCGACUACGACGUCGUCAACCACUUCGACAACUUCAUCAACGUCAUCAACCCGUGCUUCAACGGCUACCACAUCCUCGACCAGUGCCCCGUCCUCUGGGACGUGCUCGGCUUCCCCUCGGUCAUGUACUCGCCCCCCAACGCGACGCUCUACUUCAACAUCCCCGAGGUCCGCAAGGCCAUCCACGUCCCCGUCGACUACCCGUCUUGGAGCGAGUGCCAGGACCCCGUCUUCGUGGACGGCAACGACAACUACAACGGCACCGACCACGAGAUCAAGUUCCAGACGCUCGUCGAGCGCACCAACAACGUCCACAUCGGCUCCGGCCUCGCGGACUACGUGAUCCAGCCCAACGUGACCGCGCUCGGGAUCCAGCGCAUCCGGUGGAACGGGAAGCAGGGCUUUGAGACGGCGCCCUCGGAGGAGCUGGUGCUUCCGACUAUCAACAACAACGACGAUAACACCAUUAGCUGGGCGGGUGGUAACGUACAGGGGACGUUCCACACCGAGCGCGGGUUUACUCAUUCCACGGCCAAGCUGAGCGGACACAUGGUCCCGCAGUACAGCCCCGGCACCGCGCUGAGACACGCCGAACACCUCCUCGGACGGGUGAAGUCGUUGUCCAGCGGUGAGAACUUCACUGUGAACAUUUCCACUUCGUUUGAGUGGCCUUACUAG